ACGAACCUCUCCAGCGAGAGAACCUACAGCGUGAAUCAUCCAGCGAGAGACAGUCAUAAAAGUCAUGGGUUGUUGUUCGAGCAGCAUGAAAGUGAAGGAGCUGAUGGCCAGGCCAGAGCUAAAUGGCAGCAGCUACAAUUUGGCAGCGGGCAGCGCCAGUGGCAGUGGCAAGCGUCUGUAUAGCAGUCGCAAUAGCAGCGGCAUGGGCAGCAGCUCCUGCAACAGCAGCACACGGAGCAGCAGUCGAAGCAUUUGGAGUCGCAGCAGAGCCAUCUGCGAUGACUUUUCCGAGCAGCCACAGCAGCAGCAGCGGGCAAGCGGGGAGCUGGAGCUGGAGCUGGAGCAGGACCUGGAACGCUCCUGCGGCUACUACACAUGCAGCAGCUCGGCCUCGACACCCACAAAGCAGCAGCAGCAGCUGAUGCGCACCCAGGACAUGAGCAACAGUUCCGCCACAUCGAACGAUUCAAAUGAGUCCACAAACUCCAUUGAUGGCUCACCCAUGGCCAGCAAUCUCGAGUGGGAGAUGUACAUGAUGCAGCAGGCGCAGCGAAUUAUGCCAAAGACCUCGUCGCCCAUCAGUCAGCGACGGGGUGGGGCUGGCGUCGAUUCCUACAACAAGUGGCGCAACUAUCUGCAGGGCACACCCGCCCACAUGCUGCACAAUGUCAGCCACAUACCGGAGGCCAUUGCUGGCCACUUCUGCCCCACCAACUUUCCGGCCUUUAGCGAUCUAGAGGAAAUGGAGAGUGCAGCCAAGCGGUUCAAGGUGGAUGUGCACAUCCAGCAGGAGCAGGAGGAGGAGCUCAUGGCAAUGGAAGAGGAGCAGGAGCCACUGCACACCACCUCUCAGCUGCUGGCGGGGCAUACGCACACCAUCACCACGGACCUGUAGU